GCUGGGGGAGGUACAAACAGUGGUCUUUCUUUGUGGAAUUUGUAUGUUCUCCCUGUGUACAAGUGGGUUCUCUCCAGGUUUGGUCUGUUAACCAGAAAACCAACUGUGUCUGCCCGUUGGCUGCCUCCUCCCCUAGACCUGCUGCCUGCAUUAAUAUUCAGCUGCUCAGCCAAUCAGCAAAGUUGGGUGGAUGACAUCAUGGGCUAGGGAACAGUGAGCAGCCAGUGAAGCAUCCAGCCUGCCGAACAAGCCUGCUUUUAGGGUCAGGAACUGGUCUGACAAGAGAAUGGCAAUCCUGCCUUUAAACUAUCACUAGGACUGUACGGCUGGCGAUGCCUCUACCAGGAGUCCAGGCCCAAAGGCGAAACACGGACCAAGAGAAUGUGAAGACAUAUUUCAGGACAUUGUGAGUGCUACUAAAGAUGUCUGAUAGUGUUGAUAUUGAAGAGAAGCCACCAGCCCCCCCCUUGAGAAUGAAUAGUAGUUCCCGAGACUCUUCAUCAGUGAAUCACGCAUCUAAACCGCUUCCAAUGGCUCCCGAAGAGAAAAACAAGAAAGUCCGCCUGCGUUCUAUCUUCCCCGGGGGAGACAAGACAAACAAGAAGAAGGAGAAGGAACGUCCUGAGAUAUCCCUACCUUCAGACUUUGAACACACCAUUCAUGUUGGCUUUGAUGCUGUAACAGGAGAAUUCACAGGUAUCCCAGAGCAAUGGGCGCGCCUCCUGCAAACUUCGAACAUCACCAAGCUGGAGCAGAAGAAGAACCCACAAGCUGUGUUAGACGUGUUGAAAUUCUACGACUCCAAAGAGACCGUCAACAACCAGAAAUACAUGAGUUUCACAUCAGGAGACAAGACAGCCCAUGGCUAUAUAGCUGCAAACACUCUGAACCGACUGCUGUCUUCUGGGCCUCCUGUCAGCCUUAGAACCUGCAGCGCAUUAUUUGACAAGAUCUCCACUAUCCAGGGUGCCAAAACUUCAUCGACAGAACCCCCUAUUGCCCCGCCUGUGUCAGAAGAGGAGGAUGAGGAGGAGGAAGAAGAGGAAGAGGAAGAAGAAGAUGAGGAUGAUGAUGAUGAGUUGCCCCCUGUCAUUGCCCCUCGUCCUGAACACACCAAAUCUAUCUACACACGCUCGGUCAUGGACCCACCAAAGCCUCCCACCCCGGUGAAAGAGGUGUUGACUCCACCAGAAUCGCAGGUCCAGCCAGAGAACACCUCCAACACAAUGUAUCGGCAAACAGAUCGGCAGAGGAAGAAGUCCAAAAUGACAGAUGAGGAGAUUUUGGAAAGACUCAGGAGUAUUGUUAGUGUGGGGGAUCCCAAAAAGAAGUACACACGCUUUGAGAAAAUAGGACAAGGAGCGUCUGGCACUGUGUACACUGCCAUCGAUAUAGCAACAGGCCAAGAGGUGGCUAUCAAACAGAUGAACCUGCAGCAGCAACCCAAGAAAGAGUUGAUCAUCAAUGAGAUCUUGGUGAUGAGGGAAAACAAAAACUCUAACAUAGUAAACUACCUGGACAGUUACUUAGUAGGAGACGAGUUAUGGGUGGUGAUGGAGUAUUUGGCUGGAGGCUCAUUGACAGAUGUAGUGACUGAAACCUGCAUGGACGAGGGCCAGAUUGCUGCAGUCUGCAGAGAGUGUCUUCAAGCCUUGGACUUUUUACACUCCAACCAGGUGAUCCAUAGAGAUAUAAAAAGUGACAACAUCCUCUUGGGCAUGGAUGGAUCUGUCAAGCUCACCGACUUUGGCUUCUGCGCCCAGAUCACUCCAGAGCAGAACAAGCGAAGCACGAUGGUGGGAACACCCUACUGGAUGGCACCAGAGGUGGUGACUCGGAAGGCUUAUGGCCCGAAAGUGGAUAUCUGGUCUCUGGGAAUCAUGGCAAUAGAGAUGGUGGAGGGAGAACCACCCUAUCUGAAUGAGAAUCCACUCAGGGCACUUUACCUGAUAGCAACCAAUGGAACUCCAGAGCUGCAGAAUCCAGAAAGGCUGUCGUCUACAUUUAGAGACUUCCUCAACCGCUGUCUGGAGAUGGAUGUGGACCGCAGAGGCUCUGCCAAGGAGUUGCUUCAGCAUUCCUUCCUCAAGCUGACGAAGCCUCUCUCCAGCCUGACGCCUCUGAUUGUAGCUGCGAAGGAAGCCAUAAAGAACAGCAGUCGUUAAGGAUGGGCUCUCUGUCCCCACCUGAGGCUGGAGCCCUGUCUGAUUUGUGCGUUCAUAGUGGCAGGGGUUUGGGUGUAUGGAUGGUCGGUGGUGUGGCAGUGACAGCACAAGGAGGGGUUUGUGUGACUUACA